AUGUGCAAGUUAGAAUUUUUAAAUGAAAUUCACGCACUCGAAAUACUACUAGAGCUCGCAAAGGUAUGUGUAUGAUCUCAAAUCAGUAACAACUGAAAUCUUGCUUUAAAAUUGAUGAUAUUUUAAGAAUAGAUAAAACCUGCUUGACUCGGAUAAUACCGGUGGAAAAUUAAAAAAGUGUAGGUUAAGAUACAUUCAAGUCCUUUUAAGAUUCCUCAGAACAGUGAUUUUAUAAUAAUGAAACACAGAAAAGGUAGUGUUUCUCAUAAAAAAGUUCAUUCCCAUUUGUUUGUUUUUCAACAGCUCGUUAGAAGGAUAAAUUUAACAAUUAUUUUCAAAGAAUAACAGAAAGAAAUAACAAUACAUGAUUGACAAAUCUUGCUUCUCACGAUUGUUUGUUUAAAGGUUAUUCACCAUUAAGCUUAUGUAAACUUACCGGCGCCGUUCUGCAGAUUUCCAAGCAAUGCUUUGAUGCUUUGUCCAGCUGUUUCUUUCUCAGAAACGUAAAAUAAAUUUUCUUUUUGUAAUAUUAAAAAAAGCAAAGUGUUAUUCAUUUAAAACUAAACAAAACGUGGCGCAUUGUAUGGGUAUAACUUUACUGAUUACUGUAAAAAGGUAAAACAGUCAACCACCCUGUUGGACCUCCGGCUGGCUUUCGAAUUUGGUAAGUAUCCAGAGGGCAGGUUUUUUGUAGCCGCAGAAGUGAGUAUAUUUCAUGAAGGUUUCUGGUCUUUUAAGUUUAUUUAACUUUUAAGUAUUGCGGAGCCUAAGAUUUCAAUUCAGGUUCUGAUCUCGUUGAAUAUAUGUAAACUAAAAUUUCCAUUACAAUUCGGCCAUGCAGACAUCUUCGAUUCUUCUUCUUCUUUUUUUAUCUUUGAUAAUACCAGACUCUGGCUCAGCUCUUUGUUCCCCCUUUAGCCCAGUUAUAGGCUCUCAGUCACUCCCAACGCCGAGUUAAAAUAGAUCAAAAUAUUAACAAGCGCAUAGCAGAAUAGUAGUAAACGAGAGCCAACGAAAUGAUGAUCAGAAUGAUAACAGCCUAGGGGAUUGAAAGGGAUUCACAUAUAUUUUGAAAACUUACUUAACGCUAAAUAACACGCAAUUUAGUUAAGGCCCGGUCAAGUCACCAGCAAUACCUGUUGCGAACUAUUCAAAGAAAUUCAGUAUGAUACAGGUUAUUAAAGGAAAAAGGCGAAUAAACCACAAAAACUAAGUAUGCUGACAAUGCCGUACAAAGUUCUUAGGCCUUUGUUUGUGCACAAAGGCUAAAGUAGCCUGCGGAGCUUUCCGAUACCUGAAACAAUGUGUGCAAUAAUUCAUCAUUAUUACUAUCAUUACAUCAUUAUUAUUAAUUAUUUAUUAUCAGUUAUUAUUAACUAAUAAUAGUUUUUUAUUAAUUAUUAAUUAUUAAAUAGGAUUUGUAAGUAGGAUUUUGAGAAAUGUAGGUCAAAGCGCAAAUCAAAAGUUUUGAUUGAUAUUUUGCGCAAUACAAGUCAAUAAAUGUUAUUAUUAUUAUUAUUAUUAUUAUUGUGAAUGGUUUGAACCCAGGAGUCAUUUCAAAAGUAGGUUGAGUUUGAUCGUCCCGAGUAUAAUACCAUCAACUGACGUGAUACAACUCACUUUGACUCUGAAGAUGACUACCGCACAUGUUGUCGAAACGUCAGUCACUGUCACCAUCAACAGUCCUAUUCAGGACUACGUUCACCCGGACGAUCAAACUCAACCCACAUUAUUAUUAUUAUUAUUAUUAUUAUUAUUAUUAUUAGUCAGAAAUUUCACUAGACUUGAUGAUACAUCGUGAUAUAGCGUUGUAUUAUUCUCUUUACUGAAACAAGAAAAGGACAAAAAAUCGGAUGUGAGAUUCAGGCUCCCUUAAGCGGGACGUUUUUAAAUACUGUUUGCUGAUUUUUUUUUUUUUUUUACAGAAAACGCCGUGAUUUUAAAGACAAUGCUUAAGCUGGGAUUCUUGGUGUUUGCAUUGUCUCACUUCUGCUUGGCCGACAUCUACCUUCAUUUUAUACCAGGAUCAAACAAUCGACUGAACGGUAACCAAGCCAACGUGAGGAACGCAAACAGACUUUAUGACUCCCAGGUACGUAGAGUACACCAGCCUCCUUGGCCUGUCGGUGGUCACAAUGCUCGAUUGAGUCGAUUUCCCCUGCGUAGAAUCAGGGAUAUAGCAGACAUCACUGUUUACAAACAUUGCUGUUGUUGUAACGAGUGAAACAAAGGAAUAUAUCGUUUCAAGAACCAACGUGCGCUUCUGGUUAGCACAUCAAUAUCAAUACUAGGUGACAAAAAAAAAUUCAUCGUGAAUUUUUCUAUUAGGGACUUAUCCGGCGAUCCGACGACCUAAUGGAAACGAAAACGUCAAAAAAUAAUAGGAUUAGAAGGCAAUUCUAAUCUGCAUCACACUUUUUUAUACAUUUCUUUGGCCCUAUUGCACGAUUAUGACGUAAAAUUGCCUAGUUUCACAUUUUAUAGAUACGCAAACAAACAACGAUGAAACUAUAUUUCUCUUUCUGAACUUGGAUAGGUAUGCUAAGGAUCGCCUACAAUGAAACUAUUGAUAAAUUCAUGGGUAGGAAUGAUAGCGAUAAAGACUGGAAGAACGAAAAUUCACUUUUUACGCGACGUUUUCGUUGCCAUCGCGUCGUCGGAUCGUAAAGUCCCUAUUGUAUUGUGGUAACACUUAGUAACAAUGGCAAGAACCACAACGUUUGAAUUGCUUAGGAGCAUGCAACCUUCGCUUGACCUUUUGAAUGAUAAGCACGGCACUCUGGCUUAAAAGGAGGGACAAACAGGAACUUUACCCGCACAGUAGGGACCUUAAGAUCCGACGACUCCACCCCCCACCCCCCGCCCCGCGAAAAAAAUGAGACUUUAACGACUUGAGUUGCUCCAAUUUUUACCUUCGUAUUUAUCCUAACUGAAGGGCACCGGUAGAAACAGUUUGUAGGGGAAAACCUUAUUACACUCUGCUAUUAAAGCGCGGAAGGGUGAAGGAAAAGAUAGUCAAAAUGACGCGAUUAAUUUUGACUGUCACUAUUCUUUAAUUCUUGUAUGUGUUGGCUGCUGCUGAUUUCACAGAACAACGGUAAAGCCGGUUACAACGUGGGAGAUAGUGGAAGCAACAAUCCUGGCGAAAAUAUUCAAGAAAAGCGACAACGACCCCUGGUAAGACAUUCAUUCGGUUCUAACUAUUAAAUAACACAACAAGUUUAAAUCUGGUGGUGUAACAGAUGUCCUAGCAUGUGAAAACUUGAUUAUUCUAUCCCCUUAUUAAUUCUAAUGGAACUAUCAACAAACUGCGACGCUGCCUCCAAAUAAAUCUGGCUAUAAUAAUGAGAAUGAGAAUGAAAAUGAGAAUGAGAGUGAUACAAACUGAUGAACAUUUAAACUUUUCCUUUUGUGUUUCGAAGGAAUUUUAUAUGAGUGGCUGUGACAAGAAUGCUCCGACUGAGGUGGAGAUCAUGUGGACCAACCAACACGGAACAGGACCCAAAACGGAUGACCGAGUAGAGACACAGGUUAUCUUACAGUACAUGUGCCAGGCAUACCUCCCUGGUAAGAUGGAGGUUAAAGACAUCAAUAAAGACUUCCAGCUGCAUACUAUACGUAACGGAGGAAACCGUAACACACAGACUUUUAGAAAGGAUCAAAGAGAAGACCGACAAAUCAGAAAGGACCGCGGACUUCAUGAACCCAAGGAGUAUUACAACGCUUACGUUCGCAGGGAGCGGAACAAGGGUAAGAAAAACUUAACAAUUUCGCAAGUUGUUUCACGUCAUUUCUAUUCUUGUCAAAAUCAAAUCCAAAUUGAGCGUAAACAUCAUACAAGGCUGUAAACGACGAGAGAAUGUAUGAGAGAAAGGGCUGGGACAAAGGAAACGCCUUUUUCCAUAGAGUUAAAAUUUACUGACGGUCAGAGGACAAGAUGAACGCUUUCUCUCUCAUCUUUUCUCUACAACUAAGAAAGCAGAAUCAUUAAUCUAUCUGCUAUUCAUAUACCCCUGGGCAUAUAAUAUUUAACUGAGUAAAGUCAAACCCAGUUAAAGGGACAGGUUCACGGUUCAGCGCAUGCUCAUUUAUCAAAAUGCUGUUUUUCUGCCGCGACAUGCUGUAUCGUCUAUGCAAGCAAUAUGAUCAUGUCAUCAUGAUGUCAAAGAGCCAAUCUGCACACUCCCCUGGCAGUCACUUGAUCAACUUAUGUGCAAAUUACUGUAAAUUAAUCAACCAUGGAAUAAAACCUUCGGGUCAACAAUAAAUUCAACGUUGGUAGUGUUGGCCUAAUCCAAAUUUCUGCGAUUUUAGUACUCCUCCAUCCUACUUCAGGUUACUCUGAAAUACACUCUGAGAUCGCUGAGAUACAUGUGAGUAGAAUUAUUAACCGAUAGAAUUAAUCAAAAAUGGAAAAAAAGGAAUUUAUUUAUGAGCAUGCGCUUAACCGUGAACCUGUCUCUUUAACAUGGACACUGUUGGGGCCAUAGAAAUUGUCUGUAUUAACAGAGUGUCUGUAUUAAGUGGGUUUCAUUUAGAGAAAAUGUAAGGGCUUCUUUCCCCUGGAACAAAGCAUUAACAGUUCGUGAUGAUGAGGUGUCCUGCAAAUGUGAAAUUCGAGCUUCGAGAGGUUUUAUGUUAUUAUUUGUCGCUGUGAGGAAAUCUACGGUUGCUAUUGUAUCCAAUAAGAAAAUUAAAUAUACUAAUCUCAACCCAUAAUUAAUUAUCGUCUUUAACAUAAAAAGUUCUUCAUGCAAACAUGCUCGACCCCGAUUUCUUGCGAUGGCAAAUUUCUUCACUUACUUACCCCUUAAGAAACCAAGAGACAUCGCUUUUUCCCCUUGUCAGUCCUAAAGCGCGUGCAAAGAUGGCAGGUAUUGUGAAUAAGGACUAUUGCACAAUCCAGUGAAUAGAGAUUUAUUCAGUGGAUUGCGCUAUCAAUAUUUAGUAAAAUCCAACUAGUGGUCUAUUUUCAAUGCUGCGUUGUGAUUGGUUGAGCUACUACUAGGCUAUAUGUUAUAGCCCACUAGUAGCGAAAAGCGCGGGCUUUUUGGCGGCAAAAAAAGGAUUAAAGUCUAGCUUUAACUAGUUGAAAGUGUUUUGACGAACUAGUUGGAUUUUACUAAAACAAUUAUUCCUCUGGCCCUCAUGGCCUCUGAGUCAAUAGCCCAUUCGCCCUUCGGACUCAUGGGUUAUUUACUCAGAGCCCAUUCGGGCUCGAGGAAUAAUUGUUAAAUAUCCAUCUUUUGAACAAUCGGAGCCAGAAAGCAAGAUAGGAUAACAGAAAUUUAAGAUAAUUAGUCGAAGCGAAAACGGUUUAGUACCUUGCGGGGAAAAGUUGAAUCGAGUGCAUUUGUCGUCACCAUCAUCAUCAUCAUCAUCAUCAUCAUUAAUCUUCAUAAUCUUCCUCGUUAUCAUUAAUCAUCAUCAUCAUUAUCCAGAAACCCAAAAUCGUUAUAUCAUCAUCGUUGUCAUCGGCAUCAUUACCGUCAUCAUCGUCAUCACAGUCUUUGUCAUGUUCGUCAUCAUCAUCAUCAUCAUCAUCAUCAUCAUCAUCAUCAUUAAUAGUCUUCGUCAUCAUCUGUCUGUCAUUAAGGAUUUUCAGGAAGACCAAGAUAUCGAGUAGCAACUUUGGGUCUCAAGCCAGUUUUGUCUCAAGGACCCUCGCUCCUCUUAUUGUAUCAUUGUACUGACAGUUUGUUAUAUAGAGACUGGUGGAUUUACAAGUUCUUAAACACGAUGAUACCUGAAAACCAGAUUAAGAACUAUCUUGUAGUCAAUCUCAUAGUCGUAAGAUAAACGCAAGUCCCCUUACAUCCCAAUGUCUUUCCCAGGGUUCUCUCUUACUCGUCCCCACCAGUAGGACAGAACCCUGAGAACAAGGCUGCUUACAGCCCACAAACAAUGGCAGGACAAAAAACAUUUUUUUCAAACGAAGUAACUUUUCACUAAUUUGCAGGCUUAUUCACCGCUGACCAAAAACUUAAAGGCACUACCACACAGUACACACGACAGAAUGCUAAUGGAAACAGAAGGGGCCUGGAGGUACCUGAGGAGCGUGAUUACUAUCCCUACUGGGGCCCUACCCCGUGGAACGACAUUGCCAUCAUGGUUAGUAACAAAGAAACAGAGAAGUUGAUGAAAGACUACGUAAAAAGUCAGGAAUUUUUCGAGAAGUGUAAGUUACUACCAAUUAAAAAUUGUACAAUUGUAUCUGACUAUGAGAAAACCUGUCGGAACAACACUUAACAUUGUCGAGCACUGUCUUAUUAGAGAGCUUUAGAUUUAAGGACGAGAACGUCGAGUACUAGUACGAGAUUUAACUUAAAGCUUUUGCGCGUGUUCUAAAAAAAAUACACCCUGGAAAGCUUCGUUUUUUACUUUUUUUCACCAAAAAAGUAAAUACGGUUGUUUAUACUAAAGGAGGUUAAGCCCUCUCCCGAUAGCAAAACGAUAAAACCUCUUACAUUUAAUAACUUGUUCACGCCCAUGGAUGUGACGUCACAUUUUUCCACUAUGUUGGAACCGAUCACGUCAGCCAGUUUCCUAUCCAGUCUUUCUAUUAUACAUGUUCACGCCACUAUGACAUUCUGGCUAAAACUCGGAGUAGACUAAUUACCACGGCCAUAUUACGUUUUCCAAAAUGACGCUGGUUCACGCUUGAGCAAUACUCAGUAUUGAGAAAAUCUCGUACUCGUAGUCGUCCUCGUCUCAGAAUCUAAAGCUCCAUUAUAUAUAUAUUAUUUCAAGUGUGCUUAUUUCUUCUUUUAAUCGUUAUAAUAAAUUAAUUAAUAGACCUUUUUAGCUUGUUUGUUUUGUUUUCACAUUUCAGACCACCUCAUGGUACCUCAGAGAACCGUUUCUUUCAAAUGUCGUCCUAUGCACAUGAAUCCACGUGCAUAUGUAUGCAUAACUCACGAAAAAAGGAAAAUUUCAUUGAGAAAAUCUCGUGGUCUGACUUGGGAAAACAAAAAAUACAAGCUAAAUAGGUCUAUUAAGCAAAUCAUUCAGUUUAAUGAAUGAAUGAAUUAUAAUCAAUUAGAACUCAUUUUCACGAAAUGCUGGACCUAAUUCAAAUCGGUUUUCUUGUAGGGCUGUGUAUCAUGAAGAAUGGUCUCCAAAAGCAAUCGUCCUGCCCAAGAAUCCCACCUCGCAACAGAAACAGCGAAUACUGUGUCGCCAGCUUCAUAUCUAGAGAAUCGUGUGUGAACGGAGGAGGAAACUGGACCAAAGUUCUGACAAACUACAAAGAAAGGCUGUCCGACAACGCUGAUUUAUGCGCCAGCGUCAAGAGAGUUUAUGGUGUACCUUACGAAGCCCACAAAAUAACCCAAGGCUCGGAUAAUCAAAAGCAAGUUCUCGUUAGGGCGGACGAAACGGAAGUAGUCUACGCUCCCUCCACUGUUGUCAACCAUAAUGGACUGAAUAUGGAAGGAGAGUUUUCUUCGUAUAAAUGGAAAGUUCCGCACUUUCCGUCCCAAACCAUUCAGCGUUGUGUCUUGAGGAUAAGGUGAGACGUCGACCGACUAAGCUUUUUUACAAUAACUAAGCAAUUUCUUGCGUGUUUAUUGGCUGAGAGCCAUGGUGAAUGAGAGUAUGGACCAGGGAACUACAGUUCCUUGAGUUCUUAACUUGCUGUCGACACUCCUUUGUUUUUUUUCCCAUAUUUUAUAAAUUCUAUAAACCGCCGUUUAGAUUAUCAGAAAUAUAAUGUGAGCUUAUUCUUACAUUCCAUGUCUGUGUAUAUUGGCAGGUACAACAUUACUACUGAUGAUGCACCAAGGUCUUUUACUGCGGCUGAUAACGCUGAGUAAGUGGCAUUGCACCUCCCGAGCCGGGUAGAGAAGGGAGAUGGUGUUUAAUUUCUUAAUCGAGUUUUACAAACGGAGAGGGUCCAACCUAAGGACUACCCCUUACUACCCCCUUACCGUAUUAUUUUACAAUUUUGACAGAACAAAAAUACCCCUUUCACAUACCUACUUACGAACACCACAUACACGUUCCAAAAGAUUGAAAGGAGUUAAUGAACUAUAUUGUGAAACAGUACCCAUCCAAAGUGCAUCUGUUUCAAGUAUUUUUACAUCUUUCAUUAUGAUAAUACUAUUACCUCCUAAAAUCCCUACCAUUUUUAUAUACCUGAAGUCCGAAAAGGUUUUCUGUUUGGAUCCUUUUUGAGUUGGCUGUUAUCUGAGGUACCGCUAAUCGAGAGGUCGAUCCAUUAACGAUCCAUUAAAUAAAGAAAUUCGUUUUAUGUUAGCGCUAACCAACCUAGACCAACUAAUUCUUCCAUUUUUCCAAACGGUUAUAAACUUUCCCUCCUCCUCCCAUGACCGCCGUCCCCCGUCCAGUCACUAAGUGAGACGGUAGUCAUCUGAGCUAGACUGUGAACAGUCUAAUCAAUAAACUAUGUGCCGUUUUUGUUGUUUACUCUUUAGAAAGCUUUCACUUAGUCUUAUUCUGGGGAUAAUGUUUAACUAAAGUUUCCCGCAAGAGGUUAAAUUUGGCUGCUGACAGAAUGGAAAAAAAUAAGCAAGCAAACAAACAAAACCCAUGCUUCUCAGCUUUUUAGUUGCUCUGACGUUAGGCCAUGUACCUCAAAUCGAUUUUGUAAAGUUUGGGUGAAAGCGGGCGUUGUCCAAUGUGAAUUCAUCCCUUCAAUGGCUCCCGCUGCAUGUGAUACUUCCACCGUCCCUACAAUCAGGCGUUUUUUACCCAAACAUAAUAGCCCGCGUUGUAGCCGGACUCAAGACCUAUAAAGAACUCGAUAAGGAUUUAGACGGUCAGCGGCGCAGGCUAAAACAAAAGGGAAGAAGGACCGCCCGAUCGCAGGUUACACCGUCCCCAGCUUUUGCUUUUCUUCCAGUUUGCUUCAAGUUUGCUUUAUCUGAUUCCCUCCUUUUGCCAAAUCUUUUUUUAUAAAUUAUAUUCCAGUACCAUGACUCUUCAAUAGAUAUCGCUAGAAUAGUUCCAAUUUGCUUCUAGAGUUAAGAAUGACCCUACAACCCUUGCUGUGGAUGGAACAACGAAGCUUCAGUUAGCCUUGAACACCGCUCAACUCGCUCGUACUUUCCAGGACAGAACACAUGUGUUUUACUUGAAGCCACGACCCGCGAGUAUUAAAAAUGCGAGGGUAGUUUACAUCGGAGGGAUGGGAAAGAGAGGAAAUAUUGUUCAAACCUAUCCCGCCAUGGAGUAUCGCUUCGUCCCUGAGCGUUUGACUGUUUCCACCAGAGAUGUGUUGUGUUUUGCUUGGUCUGGUGAGUUUGUCUCCUUGAAACAUGCACGUGACGUAGAUUGGGCCUGCGUAUAGACUACGAGUAGUCAGCGCAAUGUAGGAGCUGCUCGUAAGGUGUGUCCUCAUUGGUCACAGAAAACAAUAGCACGUCAUUGAUUAUCAUUAUUUCCCAUUGUUUCACGGUUAGAGUAUCGAACCAAUUGGCUUUUAGGGUUAGGAGAGCUGCUACAUGCCUGAGUUUUCCCUCAUUUUCCUCUGAUACCUGAGGAGCUUUAGCUUUGGCGACGGUGACAGCAGCGAAAACGUCACUUUUAAAACUGGUAUUCGCUUUUUUUUCACACAUUGCCCAAUUCGCCGAAAAUGUCAAAUGUAGGCAAACAAAGUUCCCUUAAGUUGAUUUAUUGGGGGGACCCCACUUAAGUUUAGAAAGAGAAAGAAAAAGUGGUUGUCGUUUGUUUACAUUGCUCAGCUCCAUAAAGCGUGAAAUUAGGUAUUUUCACGUCGUAGUCGUGCAAUGAAGGCAAGGAAAUGUACAAAAAAAGUGUGAUGCACGUGCAAAGUUGUUGUUUUGCUUGACAAACCCAAUGCUUUUUUAUGUUCUCGUUGCCGUCGCCGUAGUCGUUUGAAUUUGUAAAGCUCCUUAGUGGAAUCAGCGAGCGCGUGUGAAAAUCGCCCCUAAGAGGAGAGUGACACGUGGAGGUAAGAGGGCGUAAUUAUAAAUUGGUCAACGCUGUUCUUGACUUAGUUUUUGAAUUUCUCUCUGCAGGAUCUAAUAACAAUCCAAACAAUGAUGGGGAAGGACAAGCACGUAAGGACGACAUCUAGCGUCUUUAUAUUUCUUAAUUUUAUCCCUUGUGAGGGAAUUCGGGAAAUUUUUGUUUGUGGAAUUCGGGAAAUUUGAGUUGUGGAAUCUGGAAUCCCGGAUUUUAAAAUCCGAAAUGCAGCUCAAGGAAUUUGAAAUCCCUCUAACGAUUGGAAUCAGGAAUCCAAAAUGCGGAAUUCUCUACCGGAAUCCGGAAUCCGGAGUCCAUGGCGUGGAACCAGAAUCCAAGACUGUAUUAAUUUCCUUUACACCAGUAGGGAGACUUAAUUGGUCUCUUGCUUUAUAUAUUUAGCAGACGGAUGCACUGUACGUGUUCGACUGUCUAUUUCCAAUUUUUUCCUUGUACAAUAUCUUUUAGGGUCGGACAGAACAAACGUGUGUUGGGUAAAGGAAGGAUGCAGUUCGCUCAAGCCUAAAGCCUGUUCCAGCUUGCCUCUUGAAGUUGUUGAUAAUGUGAACGAAUUCAACGCCGAUAAGUUGAACCUUCACUUCAACACAGGGUGUUACACCGGUGAUGCUAAAAAUCUGCAAGCUCAACUGAACAACGCGCCGGCCUCCUGUAAUCCACCGUGCUUCCGCAUCAAGAAGCCUGGGGAGUACUGUUACAUGAGCACGCGUAAUAACAACUUCUCCAACCGACGUCACAUGGGACAGAUCACCGUCCGCUGAAAGGAAAUACAAUCAAGAAACUUUAGCUGACAAAGAUUUCUAUUAAGUUUUGUUGCUGAUUUUAUUUGUUAGUUAUAGAUUACCAAAUAUUGAUUGAACUAAAUUGUCGUAAUAUUCAACAGCCUGGUUUCCUAUUAUAGACCGUUAUAAUGUAACACGAACUUUAAUUCGAUGCUGGCUACAACAAUUGCUCUUAUUUAUUUUUUUUUUUUUGUUAACUUCAAACUGUAAAUUUUCUUCUAGGAUUUGUGAUGUUAUUCUACUGCUAAGUGUUUUAUGUAAGCUUUCAAAUAUUUGUGCUUAAAUACCUAGUAAGCCACACUGCUUCAUAAGAAAUCUUUGUAGUCUGAGUUUCCGCCUACGUUAGCCUAAUAAGUAUUGACGAACCUAGGGCGAGAUGGAGUUAACUGAAUUAGUUAAAAUAGAUAAAUUGUGGAAGUGCUGUUUCUUAUUCAUGAAACGUAGGUAUUGAAAAUAAAAUGUUUGUUAGGUG